UAUUUCAAGUAUAUCGCAAAGUCAGUUUGGCUCGGCUCCACGAAGUGGGGGGGGGGAGGAGACAGCCAGCUUUCUGGAAGUCUGUGCUUCUUUCACCCAGAUCUCCGAGCAAGUUAGGGAGGAGGGUUUUUGGGGGGCUGCUUCUAGCAACACCCCACUUUUGCCUUCCAGUUGUGAUUCACACCGUGGGGCCCAUCGCCCAGGGAGAGCCCAGUUCCUCGCAGCAGACCGAACUCGGCGACUGCUACAAGAACAGCUUGAAACUCGCCCUGGACAACAAGCUGCAAACAGUGGCCUUUCCCUGCAUUUCCACCGGGGUCUUUGGCUACCCCAAUGACGCUGCUGCAGAGGUUGUUCUCGACACAUUACACAAUUGGCUAGAAAACAACAAGGACAAGGUUGAGCGGCUUAUCAUCUGUGUUUUCCUGGAAAAGGACGAUGAAAUUUAUAAGGAGAAGCUGCCCAAGUUUUUUCCUAUCGCAGAUCCCUGUGAGGAAACUCCGUCCUCAAAGCUCUGAAGUGGCUUCCUGAGAAUCCGGCUGCUUCCUCUGCAGGAGGAGACGCCGGAUCUUUUCCAAGGGGGAAAGCUCGAAGAAAACACCCACCCUUCUUCCCCCAGGCGCCAUCGGCCGCAAUUCCAGAAUAAAAAUUGCAAAGAUGA